ACUGUCAACUCAAAAAGUUUCAAAAAUUCCUCAACGGUUAGGAAGAAAGCUUGUUUAUUUUCAUUUGAUUAUUUUGAUUUAAUUUAUGAAUUAGGUACCUAAUUAAAUAAAACAUUUCACAAUGCAGGUAGCAUCUAGAUCUAAGAUUUCAGAGCUCCAAUCAAUAAUGAGCAGGAUGCCUCUAGAAGUGUGCUGUGUGAACGCCCUGCCAGAAUUCGGCGUACGUUGGCGUGACGUCUCCAAGGCAGUGCGUAACGCGCGGCUACCUAUGACUGCAGCUAGCGUCGCUCGAGUCCUCUGCAGACAUGUGGCCAAGUCACUGCCCGUGGAGGAGAUUGAGGACAUCGUGGCUAGACUCCGACUUAAGCUGGCUGCCAGUCAGAGCCGCACAUGGCAUGUGAUAGAGCUGUCGGAGAAGACCACAGAAGAUUCUCUGACAAUGAUGAUACACGCACUACCCGGACGAGUGACGCAGGCCCUGAGGAGCCGCAGCAGGAAUAUGAGGCCUGAGGUUCAGUCUGUGCUGCAGGGAGAGCUGAUGUACCUCAGCCUGCAGCUGGUGUCGGACACGAGGUCGGGCCCCGUGCUGUACGCGGCGCUGCCGCCCGCGCGCCCGGUCGCUCUAGUCAGCUCUCUGGCCAGCGGUGUGCUGCUCAAGGUGCUUGUGGAAGGUAUUGGCUACAAAAAGUAUGAAGAUGCCAACUUAUACGGACGUGAUAUCCACUCGCUGCUCCGCAUCCACGACCGAGGCUGGAACGAGAAUGCUGACCAUCUCACCCAGAUCCCAGACUACCAGCCCACUCCGAUCAUAACCAACUCUGGCAUAGACUACACAAAUAAAGCUUAUGACAGCGAAUAUGUUGACAACCUCAUCGGACCAAACCCACCGUUACUUACAGAUCUAAACAUAAGAACAACUAAAGCGUUUUUCGACCCGUCUAGAUUGAACAAACAGAUAAAUUUAACGGUGCAGUUAAAAAGUGAUGAUGUGGCAAAGACGUUGAAAUCUUGGGUCAUGAAGAGUGCGUUGGCGCCGACGUCGGAUUUCUUUCAAAUUUUCCAUCAGAUUAAAUCAAAUAAAGUCACAUAUUGUAGGGAAGACUCGGAUUGAGUGUAGAUUAAUCCCUUGUUUGCACAGGCGUUCAAAAGCCGCCGAUAUAGGCGUGUAUUUAACACUUUCUAUAUUUCUUUCUAUAAGCUACGGUCCCAUAGCGCUCAAGGAUAUUCACGAUAAAUUACCGUUGUCGUGUGAAUGAUACAAAGCGCGUUCGUUGAUAAAGCGCCCCCGCAAACGAGGCCUUAGGUGAUAAAUGACAUUGUUGCAUAAAGUUGCAAUCCAAUGAAUGUAAGAUCAUAUUUAUUAAGUUUUUUUUGUACAUAAAUUAAAAAAUAAAACUUCUAAAAUCCAUAAAA